AUGGACUACAAGGCCGCUCCACAGUUCUCCAUGACGAGCAUGAAGAGUUCCGGCUUUACUGACCCAUUCCAGUAUAACAAUCAGACUGGGGCGGUCCUUCAGAUGAGAAACAGCUACAGUACCGUCAGCCGCGAGAUGCUAAUCUCUGGAAAGCUCGCGUUAGAGAGGAUCGAGAUGCAGAAUAGAGUUCAGCUUAAUGCAAAGUCAUCCUAUUUAUUGAAUGGGAAGUUGCUCUCCUAUGAGGAUGGUCACGCUGGUUCCGAUCUGCAGUAUGACAAAAACGGUUGCUUAACCCAGGAUAAAGUCCGGAGAAGCCUGGAGUACGACACCAGGGGCCGUUUAAGGGCUGUGCACGACGCCGCUGGCAAGAAGCUGUGCAGCUACCAGUACGACGCCACUGGAAAGCUUUCCGUCUUGGCCUCGGUGCAAGCAAAAACACCGCCCAAGUCUCCCAGCGGAAGUACACUCUCCAGCAUUGCGGCAGGCAUCCUCACAGGUGGUGCCUCGCUGGCCAUCGAGGUCGGUGUCGCCAUCGCUGUGGGCGCGGCUUCAGAUGCCGCGGCUGGCAUUACCUAUGAUGCUUUAUCGGAACGAGAGUUCCCGACAUGA